AAACGACGUCGUAGUUCGUGGACCAGGGCCAUUUCAAUUCUUCCUUUCGUCUGCACCCCCUUGUUUGCUUUUGGCGGAGAAGGGAAAAGGAAAAUCCUGAAUUUUCCCGCCAAUUUUUCUUCGAUCCGAACAAUGGCACCAAAAUCCGAUAGCGCCGAAGCUAUCGUGUUGAACUUCGUCAACGAGCAAAACAAGCCGGUGAAUACGCAGAACGUGGCGGAUGCAUUGCAGAAGUUCAACCUGAAGAAAGCGGCGAUUCAGAAAGCGUUGGACAACCUCGCUGAUGGGGGACGCAUUUCGUUCAAGGAGUACGGUAAGCAGAAGAUAUAUCUCGCGCGGCAAGAUCAGUUCCAAAUUCCCAACAAUGAAGAACUUAACCAGAUGAAGGAACAGAAUGCUGACAUGCAAAAACAGCUAGAAGAUCAGAAAAAGGUUAUCAGUGAGGUUGAAGCAGAAAUUAAGUCGUUGCAAUCAAAUUUGACACUGGAACAGAUCUUUGAAAGAGAAGUGAACCUUAGAUUGGAGGUUCAAGAAAUGGAGGAGAAAUUGACUAAGUUACGUGGAGGUGUUACUCUGGUGAAGCCAGAGGAACGCAAGGCAGUUGAGGGUAUGUUGUCAGAGAUGAUAGGUCACUGGAGAAAGCGUAAAAGAAUGUUCAAGGAUUUAUGGGAUACCCUUACUGAGAACUCACCUAAGGAUCCCAAAGAAUUUAAGGAGGAGCUUGGAAUAGAAUAUGAUGAAGAUAUUGGGGUGAGUUUGCAGUCGUAUAAUGACCUGAUUCAAAAUGGUAAGAAGCGGCCCAGGGGGCAGUGAUGUAUUUAUUGAAAUCAACAAAUAAGAAAUACAGAUUAUUUGGUGUUCUGACCACAGUAUAUAUUACUGCAAAAUAUAGACAGCUUAUGCAUUGAGUUUUUACAAUUCUGAUCUAGUUUGGUUUUAUUCACUUUACAAGCCUAGCUCAUCACUCGAGCAUCGUCUCAAUGCAAUAUAUUAUUAUUACUAUCUCUUUUGGCCCGGCAUUGGUCCUCUUUACUUUGACUACUAUUCUGGUACUCAUGAUUCAAGGGCAUAAAACAUUAUCUUUA